GCUGGCAGCUGCGGCUCUAAUUUGAUCCCCUAGCCUGGGAACUUAAAUAUGCUGCAGGUGUGGCCCUAAAAAGCAAAAAUUUGAAAAAAAAAAUUUAGUAGGAAAAUAGUGCCCUAAAUUCUAUAAGUCAUUUUAGUCCUUUUUGGUUUCUGCCUUAGCACAGAGGAGGUCAGCAGAUAUACACAAGAUGUUUGUUCUUAGUACCAGGAUUUGAUAAUAGACAUGAGACACCUUUGGCAUAGUUGUAUGAUGUUUUCCAACCAGUCAAAUAAGUUGGAGCAGUAAACAUGAAGGAUUUUACAUUUCUUUAUAAGCUGCUAGAUUGAGGCCUCUGCUCAUGGGAAGGUGCUUAGAGUUUUCGAAGGAGUUUAUAACCUUUUAAGGAGCCCUUUGUAGCCUGGGUAAUUAUUUUAUUUCUACUUAAAAAUAAGGUCUUUAUAGUCUUAGUUAUUGUGUGUUCACAUGUGGAACAUUUUUUCUUUUUUUUUUUUAAUGGCUGCACCUGCAGCAUAUAGACAUUCCCAGGUCAGGGAUAGAAUCUGAGCUGCAUUGUGACAAUGCAGGAUCCUUAACCCAUUGUGCCGCACUCGGGAUCAAACCCACCCUCCCCCAGAGUCAACACCAGAUCCUUAACCUGUUGUGCCACAGUGAGAACUCCUGUACACAUUUUGUGCUCGGGAAAUAUAAAUGGCAGUAAUAUCAACCCCAAAGAAAAGGUAAAUGUUGUAAUUGGUGUAAUAUCUCAGAGUAACAUUAACAAAAUCAUUGCGUUUAUACGAAGUGGUAACAUCCAUUGUUGCCCAUUUUUACAAUUAAUUGAGAACCUUCUAUGUUUGGUUGCUGGAAUGUUGCCAUGUCACAUUCUUUGUUGGGUGCGGAAUGGUGAACUGUGGAAUCAUUGGCAACCCAGGACAUCCAGGCUUGGGACGAGGCUAUCUGAGAAAGUCUGCAGUGUAUUGAAGCCACACUCAACAUGGACCAGAAGGUUCUGAAGAAACUGGUGGAAUCCAUCAGUAGUACUGUCAAGAGCUUCAAAAAGAGUGAAGUCGAGAGUCUCAUAAGAAUUUUUUACAGCUUGGUGGAAAGAGCUGAUGUAAGACUCGAUAACAUUGGACUAGAUUGUAAUGCAUUUCAAAUGAUCCUGCAUAACAUAUUCGGAAUGACUGAUGAUGUACUGAUGAAUAGAGUGUUUUUUGCAUUUGACAAAGACAAUGAUAACCUCAUAAAUGCGAAAGAGUGGGUUAAAGGAUUAUCAGUGUUUCUUCGAGGGACUUUUGAAGAAAAGCUGAAGUUCUGUUUUGAAGUUUACUAUUUCAAUGGUGAUGGUUAUAUUUCUCGAGAGAAAAUAUUUGACAUGUUGAAGAACAGUCUACACCAACAGUCACCUGAAGAAGAGACUGAUGAAGGAAUAACAGAGUUGGUAGAUAUAACACUGAAGAAAAUGGAUUAUGACAAUGAUGGCAAACUAUCUUUUGAAGACUUUGAAAAAGCAGUGAAAGAAGACAGACUUCUGUUGGAAGUGUUUGGACCAUGUUUACCAGAAGCAAAGGUACAGCGCCAGCAGCCAAAUAGAGUGAGGGAAAAUUUUCAAAGGUUAAAAAAAAAAAACAAAAACAACUUGCUAGACAUUUAGUCCUGUAGGGUGUGAACCCACUGCUGAAGUUCAGGCAACCUUGAAAGUCUUGGCCCCAUUCUAGCAUUUGGGGCCUAAGGCAGUGGUGACUGUUUAAAUAAUUAAACUCAAGACUUUUUUUUUUUUUAGAGCUUGUAACCACUUUAACCAUACAACAGUCUUAAUUUCCUAUAUGUUAAUAUUAAAAAAAAGAAAUAAAAAACCCAAGUCAUGUUGGUUUAAGAGAGAGAAUGGCAAAUACAGAGUGGAUUCAGCAAGUACCCACUACAGACUGCUAGUUGUCAAACAAUGAGACUAAAUUAAGUUCCUAAAAUUUUAGUAUUUUAUUUGUGCUCAUGAAGGUUUUCAUGUAUGAAUAUGACGAAAAGUUUCUGAGCCAGAAGAGUCAGCCUGAUAAUUGAUUUUACUCAUUAACAUUUUCUUUCUUAAUUUUUUCUUUGACCAACUGUGCUUUGCCAACAUGUGAUACAGGAAGAAACUUUUUAUUCUCUGCAGUAAUUUAGAUGGGGAUUUGGGUGGAUGUAUUUGCAUGUUAACCUAUGCUGAGCUAUCUCAGCUUGUUUAACUUGUCCCACUGCAGUUUAUUGCCACAUUUUAAUUUUGUAUGGAAAUGUGCGGUAAAAACCAACAUGUAAAAGGCAGACUUCUCAGGGAAUUCCCGUCGUGGCUCAGUGGUAAUGAACCCGACUAGUAUCCAUGAGAUGUGGGUUUGAUCCCUGGCCUUGCUCAGUGGGUUUCAGUGGGUUAAGGAUCCAGUGUUGCCAUGAGCUGUAGUGUAGGUUGCAGACACAGCUUGGAUCCUGCGUUGCUGUGACUACAGCUGAUUCAAUCCCUCGCCUGGGAACCUCCAUAUGCUACAGGUGUGGCCCUUAAAAAAAAGGGGGCAGACUUUUCAUUUUAAGAGACUGAUGGGUAAAACAGUACAUGGAUGGAUUGAAGUAACCACUUGGGUCAGAUGGAACUAAUGGUUCUUCAGCUGCUCCCCGAGGGGUCGUCUAUAACCCAGUCACGUGGAGUCUUGCUACUCAAGAGUGCAGUCUGCCCACCACAGCAAAGGUAGCACCAAAGAUCCAGUGACAAAUGCAGGCGGUCUCUGAGAGUCUACAUUUCUCACAAGUUCCUCAGUGGUAUCACUGCCGCUGGUGCGCAGACUACACCUUGAGUACUCAUUCUUCUUUUUCAGUGCCUGACCCAAGAAAGGUUUCUUUUUCUCACCAUGGUCAAAUCUUGUGUGUGUUGGCAGGGAUGGGGAGUGCUGGUCUCCACAGUCAGAAAGCAGAUCAGGAAACCAUUCGUGAACAUAGAUCCCACUGAGGAGUGCCUCCCUUUAGGGCUGUCAGAGAAUUUUUUUUUUUUUUUUUUUUUGUCUUUUCAGGGCUCCACCUGUGGCAUAUGGAGGUUCCCAGGCUAGAGGUCAAAUUAGAGCUGUAGCUGCUGGUCUACGCCACAGACACAGCAACGCAGGAUCUGAGCCACAUCUUCGACCUACACCAUAACUCACGGCAACAAUGGAUCCUUGACCCGCUGAGAGAGGCCAGGGAUCGAACCCGCAACCUCAAGGUUCCUAGUCAGAUUCAUUUCCACUACGCCAUGACGGGAACUCCAAGAAAUUUUUUAAUUGUGGUAAAAUAAACCUCUCAUAAAAUUGACCUUCUUAAGUGUACAGUUCAGAGGGUGAAGUACAUUCAUGUUACUGUGCAACCAAUUUCUAGAACUUUUUAUCUUGCAAAACAAACUGGGGGAUAUCCAUUUAACAACUCUCCAUUUCUGACAGCUGCCAACCUCUGGCUACCAUCACCAUGAAAAUCUGCAUUUUAUUAAGACUCCAAGGUAGAGAUUCAAAGCACUUGAAGUCUGAGAAGCCUGAUCCAGAGAGCAACUUGCUCUUUCCAAUUCUACGCUGAGGUCUCUAAUAUAUCUUUGAACUGAGAGUGCAGCAAAAACUAGUUAACCCUUGAACAGCAUGAGUUUGAACUGUGAGGGUUCAAAUACAUAUCACAGUACUACACAAUCCAUGGUUGGUUGAAUCUGAGGAUACAAAACAGCAGAUACAGAGGGCAGACUGUAAAGUUAUUAUGGCUUUCUGACUGUGUGGAAGGUUGGCAACUCUAACACACAGAUUGCUCAAGGGGCCACUGUCUAAUUACCUCACAAGGAAACAGGGUCAAAACCCUUGCCUCCUUUUUUAAUACCAUCCACCACUCGGUGCCAUCCUAGCAAGUCUGAAUCAGUAAGUCAUAACUGAAGGUGAACUUUCUUAACCUUUAUGUUGCAAUUCAAUCAAUUAGGCAAGAGGCCUUUAGGAUAGGGAGAAAAGAAAACAGACAACACCAUUUGGUAUGGCCCUUCUCAGGUGGUGGUUAUCAGUUAAAAAGAAAAAAAUGGAGAUAGCCUGGACAUACUUAGAUUUCCAAUUAUGGGGUCCACGGACAGGAAAAAAAAGGGUGUGCUAAAAGUAGCAGUAAAAGACUAGUAUUUACAGAUACUGAUUUGUUUCUGCCACAGAUGAAGUCAAUUAUUCUUCAAAGUUAACUAAAGCACAUAAGCUUCUAAUUCAGCUUUGUUCUAAUAGUUUCUUUUUUGUCUUACAGAACUGUCUUCAUUUUGAAGCUCUGGCAUUCCAACACAUCCUUACUCCUAGUGUUUGAAUGUAAAUCACUCAAAAUUAUUAAAAUCAGAAACAG